AUGGGUCUCGAAGAAGAUUCAGAACAACCGCAAGUAGAUGUUUUCGAUCUGUUACCAGAUGCUUUGGUUCUUGAAAUCUUCAAUAGAGUACAAGAUGCCAGAUCGCUAUCUGCUUGUACGAUUCUCUGUAAACGUUUCGGAGAUCUUGUUACCCAGACUCACAACGUUUCUCUCGAAAUUGCUCGCCGGAAUAAGCUGCCGGAGUUUCCGAGGGGGGACUCAGGUUUGCAUAUGAACAAAUCAAAAGGAUUUGUUGGUAGAUUCAUCUUGAAGCCGAUUCAUGCUUUAUUUCAUCGUAUGGUUUCUAGGAAAUCCAAAUCCUGUUCACACUGUUCCGACGACGAGGAAGACAACUCGUUUAGAUUGCCUAAUGAACUGCUUAACAACUUUAAGGAAAUCCGGUCUCUCGCCGUGAAACUUCCAGGUCUUGACGGAGAUGUCUCAUCGGAAAACGGUUCAGGUGCUUUGUUGAAGUGGAAGGCGGAGUUCGGGAAAGAGCUCGAGAGCUGCGUGAUUUUGGGAGCCACGGGGUUUCGGAAAUCGGAACAGAAAGUGAAGAACCAAGAGAAGGAAAGCGGUAAAGACGGCGAGAUCUCGCCAUUCCCCGCAUCGAUGCCGGCAAACUUGACGAACAAGCAACUAAAGAAACGAGUUGUGUGGACGAUCUCGUGUUUGAUUGCUUCUUCUGCAAGGCACCAUAUGUUGAAGCAGAUCAUUGCGUUGAAUCGGAUGAUACGAGAUGUGAAGAUCAGCGAUGGAAGUAAGCAAGGGACGAUUGAGAUGACGGAGAGGCAGGUGGUGGAGCUAAGGAAAGAGAUGAAUUCCACGGCGGUUGUUGAACCGGAGAGAACGGAAGUUCCAGCAGUGACGAUAAAGAUGUGGUACGUGCCGGUGUUGGAGUUGCCGGAAUCUGGUUGCGUGAUGAAAGGGGCGACCCUGGCGGUGAUUAGGCCGGCGGUGACGGCGAUGGAGAAAGAUGAUGACGUAAGCUUAGCAAUGGGUGCAUUUGAGGAGAAGUGCAUGGGGGAAGCCGUGAGGAAGUUGAUUGACAGGAAAAAGUCUUAUACACUAGAGAUGAAUUCAUUUUGA